UUAGGCCACGUCCCCGGGCCACGUAGCUCGGCGCUCGCCAUUUUAACGGAUUGAACCCGACAGCAGUAGCGUCAGAGUCAACUCCGCGGUCCCUAAGCUUGCCCUCCUCUCCUGCCCCCUGGACUCAUAGCACCCUACCUGCCGACAUGAACAUCUUCAGGCUCACCGGGGACUUGUCCCACCUGGUAGCCAUCAUCAUCCUGCUGCUGAAGAUCUGGAAGACCCGGUCCUGUGCCGGUAUUUCUGGUAAGAGCCAGCUUCUCUUUGCACUCGUGUUCACCACCAGAUACUUGGAUCUGUUCACAUCCUUCAUUUCAUUGUACAACACAUCUAUGAAGCUGAUCUACAUUGCCUGCUCGUAUGCGACCAUCUAUCUGGUCUACAUGAAAUUCAAGGCUACCUACGACGGCAAUCAUGACACAUUUAGAGUGGAGUUCCUUGUGGUUCCUGUCGGUGGGCUGGCGGUCCUCGUGAAUCACGAUUUCUCUCCUCUUGAGAUCCUGUGGACUUUCUCCAUUUACCUGGAGUCUGUGGCCAUCCUACCUCAGCUUUUCAUGAUCAGUAAAACCGGAGAAGCGGAGACAAUCACAACCCAUUACUUGUUCUUCUUGGGCUUGUACCGUGCCUUGUAUCUCUUCAACUGGAUUUGGCGUUACUCCUUUGAAGGCUUCUUUGAUCUGAUUGCCAUAGUAGCUGGCGUGGUUCAGACCAUUCUUUACUGUGACUUCUUCUACUUGUAUGUUACAAAAGUACUAAAAGGAAAGAAGCUGAGUUUGCCAGCGUAAGUGCCAAAGACUGGGACCAGCCGUCUGUCCAAUCCACCGGUCGGACAGUACAAUUCUUACCGCUAGUGAAGGUGUAAGAUGCCUGAAGCAGAGUCAGAAACACUACUUUUUAUAUGCAGAACAGCCCCGUUUGCUGCCGGAGAGCCCCCCAACCAAACCAGAGGCCAGGCCCUCCCUCAGCAAAGUAGUUCCGAAAACAGCGACUCUUGGAAACCAGCUGAUUUGUUUUAUGCAUCUUGCCUUCCCUGUUUUUUAUGAUGUAUAAAAAUGUUUUUUUUUUACAUACAAUAAGUUCAGUGCACAGUUUCAGUUCAAUAGUUGUAAAAGUGAGAUUUUUGUGCCGUUUACAACUAAAUUCACAUGAAAUCCACCCCUCCCCUGCCCUGAUUUAUUUUUUGUUUUUUGGAGAAAUUGAUUCAUAUUUUUGUGCUUCUUGAUUGGAUGAUAUUUAUCCAUUUUAACACCUAUGACUUCCUUCAUCAUUCCACUGUAACUUAUUUUGUUUACCCACUCCCAGAAACACACAUUUUCAUAAUUCCUUUCGCUGCUGAAAUAAUAAAUGUUCUAUGCUCCUGAAACCGUUCUGAACUGGAGCGGCGUUCAUGCAGUCCUUCCCUUGGUUGACACAAUGGUUUUUGUUAAGUGUUUUUUUUUUUUUUUUUUUCCAAUGUUAAAAUACUGCCGGGAAAUCUGCGAAUAAACAAGAAUGACAGAUCAUAUAUCUCAUUAAAAUAACUAAAUGGCCCCCUCUCGCUACAGCUUAACAGACAAUGAUACCCACCAACUAUAUGAGCGGACCUUUUAAUAUUGAAGACCCUCUAAUGUAUCUUUCAUAAAGAAUCUGUUUUGAAACUAAUUUUUUUGCCCUAAAAUCCCACUUUGAACCGUUUUUCGGGUGACAAAGUAUAAUGGGUUGUGUGUUCUGGGUCAAGAUAAACUAGAAGCAUUCCAGAAUUCUGCAGCAGAAAUGUAUAAUUCCCCUUCACGCACACAUUCAUACACACAGAUUUACAAAGCCAGGUAUAAGCCCCUUGCCCCCGGAACACUUUUGUCUUCAUUAUUCGUACUUUGUUAAGCAGGUGUUAUUAAAAUUGAAGAUAAUAUAUCCCGAGUGUAUGUGUCGGAAGCAUUUUGUGUGUCUUUUCUGCGUAGCUCUAACAUUCUGCAGGUUUUUAAAAUAUCCCUUUUAUUGCAGUAUCAGAAUGUGAAAGGCUUCUGUAUAAUUCCUGUUUUAUAUAUAAAAUGCCAUUUGUUUCUUUUUUCCUACUGCCCUCCCCUCUGCAGCAUUUGCCCCCCUUUGCCACAUCUUGUAAAAGGACAUUUGUCUAUUAACAAAGCAAAAUAAAAGUGAUUUCUACA